CUUCAUUCUCUUGUUUAUCUCUUCAGUAAACAGAUCACAGGCUCACAGACUUUGUCUUAUACUGCAAUGAACCAAGGGGAGCUAGACCCUUCUGAAAACAUAUUACCUACAGGAUCUGCAUCUCCAAAUAGACUUUACCCAUCGUCUCCCCUCAACCAACCCUCUUUUUACUUGCCAAGACUCUCCCCAUGUAUUAGCCCUCUUUCUUCUUCCCCGUCUCGUCUCUCACCAUGUCCAGUUCCCUUAACGUCAUCUCCAUCUCGUCUCUCACCAUGUCCAGUUCCCUUAUCCACCUCUCCUUCUCGUCUCAGUCCAACUUCUCACUAUAUUUCAUCUUACUCUCCUGUUCGUUUGUCUCCUUGUCCUACAACUGACCUAUCUCCAUCACCCACUAGUCUGUCCUCUUGUCCUGUGCCUCUUUCCUCUUCUGUCAUCCUCAAAAAACCCAUCCACAUUUCCUCUUUUAGUCAAACUGGGAAAACCAUGGAAGCACAGAACCAGACUGACAGUGCUCCAACCUGGUAAGUUUCUAUAUACAUCUAAUUUCCAGUGUACAUGCUUUGGAACUUUACAGUCAUUGGGAAUGUAUCUCAUUUUACUUUAUAACAUUUACUAUAUAUUAUAAAAACUGUUAUUUUAGUUUUCAGUGUUACCUUAUCCAGUUAUUCCAAUCUUACCAUUAUCCAUUGCUUACCAUUCUGUUUCCUACAGCAUCAUCAAUACAGUGGAUACAUCCUUGAAUAUGCCACAGAUUAAGUCAGACAAAACCAUUUCUCAAUUAGAGCCAACAACAAAUGAAUGCUCAUCAGUACCUAUUGAAAAAAACAAACCAUUGCAUUGUCCUUCUAUGCAUGCUAAGAACUGGCCAGGAGACUGUGAAAUAUCUAGAUUCAUACCCAUUUCAUCCACUGAGAGGAGUGCCAGAUCAAUCCCCAUAUCUAACACAAGGUAUCAGAAAAAGCAAACUGGUCAAAGACAGGAUCAAUUACUCAGGCAUCAACACCAGGACACACUAAAUAAACUAAAUUCAAACAUCUGCUUCAGUGGAGUUACCAAAAAUUCAAAGUUUGAAAGUUUAAGCCCUCAAAACCUCAGACCUGUUGGGAAAGGUGCAAACAGACUACAAUAUCUAGCUAGCUAUCAAAAGAAGCGCCAAUCCCAGGACCCUACACUAGUCCGAAUCCGGCUUGGGUUGAUUAAAACAGGAAGGAUUAUAAACUCUAGCAACCAGCUUUCUCAUCUUGAGAAAAGCAAGCCAAGCAGUGAAGAGAUGAACCCAAAUAUUCAGAGGGAUGGACAUCCAACUCUUGUGGAAAAAGUACAACAGCCCAUUCAUUCAAAGAUAUUGUUAGGGGCAGCCAAACAAAUAACAAGGCCUAACAUAAUGUGUCAGAGGAGUCGUGUAAAAUCUCAAAACCACAUGAAGAACCUCCCACAAGCUUCAGCUGAAGAAUUGAGCCAAAUCCCCAAACACUUGACACCUACAAUUUCAUUGCCAUCACCUAAGGCUACCAUAAAUCAAGAACUGGAUAAUACAAGUUCCCCAAUGGAAUACAGCAAAUUAGAUUCACCAAUUUCAUCUACAAGUAACACCACCAAUGAUAGUUCUAAGGACCAUGAAAUGUUUAUUAAAUCCUUCCAAAUUAAUCAAACCAGCUUUAAAAACAACCAGGAGUCUAAGUCCAAGAUCAAGCCUCAUUUCACAGGUUCAGAGAAAGACACUUCCAUCAACACAUCCCAUUAUAAUAAUGCAUCAGGUCAAUGUGGCCGGAUGAGCUCCUUCCAAUUCCCUUUGAAGAGCCAAAGAUCAUCCACUCUGCGUGGUCAACUGAGCAGAAUCUGUAGACCUGUGAACAAAAGAAUUGAUGCUACAUCUGACAGUAGACCUACAUACCUCAAAACUCCUCAGGCAUUGAGAAGAGCGUCAUCUUCCGCAAAUCAAUCAGAGAAUACAAGGGGUAAUGGAAGGGAUGUUAGAAAUCCGUCCCAAAAUAAAUGCAACCUUCCAGAUUCAGAUUCUUCAAAUUCCUCUUCAAGUGAAGCAACCUUGCCAGAACAUUCCAGAUUCUCAAGGAGAUACAGAGGUACACGUUGGCAGAAAAAUAUUUCCACUAACUGUCCAAUGAAAUUUGUUGGAGAGGAGAAACAUGGCACAGCUGUUCAACCAGACCCCCUUGUCUUGCUUUGUACACCCUCUGCGAACAGUCAAAACACACAUAUCAACACACAAACAAAUGCUGAAAUACUCAAAAGUUCCAUGGCUGAAUGGAUGCCCCAAAGUCCAUUCAAUGUAGAUCAACAACAGCCUCAAGAAUGUAGCAUAGACAGCAUUAAGAAUUUAGUAUUUGAGCACUCAGUUCAACAGCACAAUACUACAGAUUGUGGGACAUUUCGAGAAAUAAAAUCCCUGCUGUUAGGAGAGCAAGAAGACCCCCUACUAUUACAGCCAUCUGUAGUUGCAGAGAUGAGGAUUGGACCUGAGGUAGAAUCCCAUCCUGGAGAAUGUGUGACUACAGGUGAAAUACCUACAGAGGGCACCAAAAGUGAGUUGUAA